AGGAAGCGGAGCAGGACGGCGCCGUUGUCAUGGCGGCGGUGAUGGCGGCUUAGGCCGGGCCUGGUGCUGUUCGUUCUUCCCUUCCUCCCGUUCCGUUCCCGCGAUUCCGGAGCCGCCGCGAUGACCCAGGCCGAGCUCCGGCUCUGCUCCCUCCUGCUGCGGGAGCAUUUCGGGGAAAUCGUGGAAAAAGUCGGGAAUUCCCUGCUGCGGACGGGCCCGAGGCCGCUGCGGCUGCUGGUGGGGGACACGGGGCUGCUCCCGGAUCAGGUGAAGAAGGCGCUGUGCGUGCUGAUCCAGCACCAGCUGGCGCGCUUCGAGGCGCAGCCGCGGGGCUGGGUGGAGUACGAGGCGCGGCGCGAGCGCGUCCUGCGCAUCCUGCGCUACCCCCGCUACAUCUACACGGCCAAGGCGCUCUACGGGGACCCCGGGGAGCUGCUGGUGGAGGAGCUGCUGCUGCACGGGCACCUGCCCAUGAGCGCCGCCGUGGCCAGGGUGGCCGAUCGCCUCACCGAGACCAUGGAAGACGGGAAAACCAUGGACUACACGGAGGUGUCCAACACCUUUGUGCGCCUGGCAGACACCCACUUCAUCCAGAGGUGCCCCACGGCCCCAGAAGUGCCCCCAAAUGGCAAAGUGCCACCAGCCCCUGCCCUGAGCAUCGCUGACAAGGACAUGUACUCGGUGCCUCGCCUCAGCCUCGUCGGGAAAGGGAAGAGGAGACGCUCGUGUGACGAGGAAGAGGAGGGAGAGCACAAAGCCAAAAGGCAGAAGCAGGAGGGAGGAAGCUCAGAGGCUCCCCCAGAUGAUGGCAUUUACUGGCAGGUGAACCUGGAGCGUUUCCAUCAGCAUUUCCGUGACCAGGCUCUGGUCAGUGCCGUGGCCAGCCGGAUGGACCAGACCAGCAGCGAGGUGGUUCGGACCAUGCUGCGCAUGAGCGAGGUCACCACGGCCUCGGGGGCCUCCCACACUCAGCCCCUCUCCUCCAACGAGAUUUUCAGGUCUCUCCCAGCUGGGUACAACAUUGGGAAGCAGGUGCUGGACCAGUACCUGGCACUGCUGGCUGAUGAUCCGUUGGAGUUUGUGGGGAAGUCGGGGGACAGUGGAGGAGGCACCUACACUGUCAACCUGCACAAGGCCCUGGUGUCCCUGGCCACGGCCACGCUGGAGUCCAUCGUGGAGGAGAGGUUUGGCUCCCGCUGUGCCCGGAUUUUCCGGCUGCUCCUGCGCAAGAAGCACCUGGAGCAGAAGCAGGUGGAGGAUUUUGCCAUGAUCCCAGCCAAGGAGGCCAAGGACAUGCUCUACAAGCUGCUCUCGGAGAACCUGGUGGCCUUGCAGGAGAUUCCCAAGACCCCAGACCACGCUCCAUCCCGCACCUUCUACCUGUACACGGUGAACGUGAUGGCUGCUGCUCGCAUGCUGCUCCACAGAUGCUACAAGAGCGUGGCCAACCUGAUGGAGCGGCGGCAGCACGAGAUGCGCGAGAACAAGAGGCUCCUGGAGAAGUCGCAGCGGGUGGAGGCCAUCCUGGCCUCCAUGCAGGCCACGGGGGCCGAGGCGGCGCAGCUGCACGAGGUGGAGGAGAUGAUCACGGGCCCCGAGAGGCAGCAGCUGGAGAACCUCAAACGCAACGUCAACAAGAUCGACGCCAGUGAGAACCAGGUGGAUGAGACCAUCUUUGUGCUGGAGUCCUUCAUCGAGAGCACCAUGAGGAGGCCGUGAGGGACAGGACAAGGACGAGGACAGGGACAACAAGAGGAACGAGGAUGUGAGUGGGGACAGGGAGCAGAUGCCUCUGCCCGCAGUGCUUGUGCUGCUGAGGAGAAUAAAGGAGCACUUGGUAAUAA